UGUGUGUGUGUGUGUGUGUGUGUGUGUGUGUGUGUGUGUGUGUGUGUGUGUGUGUGUGUGUGUGUGUGUGUGUGUGUGUGUGUUUUCCCGGAGUCCGGGGGUUUUCCGGUUUUGUAAAUCAGGCAGAUUCUCGAGACACACGGAGACAUGACCGAGGAGCCGGGGACUGGAGCUGCAGCAGACUACAGGGAUUACUAUGAGUGGUCGGAGACGCUGACCCCCUGCGAGGACAGAAACACAGGGCUGUGGGGCGACAGCGUCCGGCCCGUCCUCUACAGCACGGUUCUGCUGGUGGGUUUGUCGGGGAACGCUCUGGUCCUGUGGGUCCUGCUCAGAUCCCGUCACAGAUGGAGUCUGACAGACGUGUGUUUUCUGGGCCUGUCCGUGUCCGACCUGCUGUUCCUGUCGUGUCUGCCGGCGCGGGCUCACAGCGACGUGGACCGCUGGAGGUUCGGCCCGCUGGCGUGUGGCUCCGUCACCGCUCUCUUCACGACGGCUCUCUACAGCGGCGUCUUCUUCUCGGUCCUCGCCGCGCUGGAGCGAUACGUCAUCGUCUUCUACGAGCGCAGCAUCUGUUCCAGGAAGUGGCCUGUGAAAGCGGCCCUGGCUCUGUUCGUCUGGACGCUCAGCCUGUUCGUGUCUCUCCCUCACAUCGUGUUCGCAAGAGUCCGAGAGAACGAGCACAAGAAGUCCUGCGUAACCGAAUUCCCCGAAGGCGCAGCCUGGAUGUCGGUGCUGUACCUGAACGUCCUGAGCUUGGUUCUCCCUCUGAUGAUCACCGGCUUCUGCUUCUGCCGGAUCCUCGGGAAACCAGAAGGAAAGCGGAGCGUGGUCAGACUCCUGCUGGCCGUGCUGGCCCUUUAUUUCUUCUUCUGGACUCCCUACAACAUCGUCACGUUCCUCGAGUUCCUGCAGACGGAGCACUACCUGGUCUCCUGCGAGUGGUAUGGUAAUCUGACUCUUGCCAAGCGGUGUGUGGAAACCACGGCAUUAAUCCACUGCUGCCUGAAGCCCAUCGUCUACGUCUGCGCUGGACGGACGUUCAGAAGAAGAGUCCUCUCGCUCCUUCCGUCGUUCUCCGGCUCUCCUCCGUCAGCCGAGAGCUCUUCUUCUGAGCUUUCCUCCACACUGAUCACAUAGAGACCUCGGGGGUCUGCACACACAUCACAUGCGAAUCGCUCGUGUUUUUCAUCGCACAUUACUUUUUCAUUUAGUAGAUAACUUCUCAGGUUUCUCAUGUACUGACCGACAGCUCUGGGGUUGCCAUGUUGAGAGAAAUCAAGUGCUGUAAUUCUACACUAAAUAUCUACAUUUACUCAAAAACACACACAUUCAAUAAAAACUGUCAAAUGUAAACCUGCUAUAAUUAAAUGUGUUAAUUAAGACACGCAUCACAUCUCCAGUUUAUUAACGGUGUCUUUGCUGCUGCUUUUUAUUAUGAUUGUUAUCAUGUGUGUUUAAUAAAUGUGUGAUUCGUUACA